AUGCCUCUAGACCUCGGUCUCCAUACUCUUUCUGGUUGGGAUGUUGCAUCACAGGCGCAGGAGAUUUUAUGGCAAGCUGGCCUCAAUUUUGACUGCGGGAUCUCCCGACCUACCCGAGCAUCAAGUCCAACGAGCAAAAACGAGUACGAAGCCAGAAGCCAGGUAUCCUCUGCAUAGCAGAAGCACCUAGUGCAAGGAUGGAACUGAUGGGCCGCAGACGAUUUUACUCGAACACAUCCCUGCGUACGAGAAAACGAACCAGAAUAGAUCGUCUAACCCGGCUUUGCAUUGGUGCGGAUUCGCGACGAGCGAUCGCUGGACCUGAGAGCGGGAGGCUUUCUAGGUAUUGCUCGUCAGGCAUCAACGCCUCACGCUACUGUUGCAUCUUCGCAUUGCCUUUCUUUUUUUCGCACCAGAUACCCGGCUGCAUAUUUUACGACACACGCCAUCUCGUUGACCGAUUAUUGAGCGGCGUAGCACAACCCAGCGCCAAUGACCGGCUUAUCUCCGAGACUUCCGCCAAGAGGUCGCUUCUGUUCAACACCACCUCAAAUGCACGAUGGUAUCUUACAUAUGUAUCCUUUGGCGUAUACUUCGAACCGUCACGUACCAUUUGCACCAGCGCUGUCUCCACAUGAUCUUCCAGCUUGAGAUCGAUUCACUCCCAGGCAGAGCGAUCAAGCCACAAGCGAUAGGGGAUCUCACAGCAGCGUCCCGCUGUGUACCCCCACAUCUCCACCACGAUGCAAGCCACGAUGGAGCACCUCGAAUCUGACAACGCGGUUGUGCUCGUC